GGGCAAACAAGCAGUGGAAAGACAUACACGAUGCAGGGCAUUACUGAAUAUGCAGUAGCUGAUAUAUAUGACUACAUAGAGAAGGUAAAUGGUAGAUUUUAGCAUUACUGCAUUAGUCCUUCUCAUUGAAAUAUAUAUAUUUGGAAGUAAAUUCUAUUCCUUGGCUACAGAAUGGGAAGUGACUUUUUCUUUUGAUCUGUUCUAAUUAGCAUCAAGAACGUGAAUUUGUAUUAAAAUUUUCCGCAAUGGAGAUAUAUAAUGAAGCUGUCAGAGAUCUUCUUAGUUUGGACAGUACCCCACUCAGACUCCUAGAUGAUCCAGACAGAGGAACAGUUGUUGAGAGGCUGAUUGAGGAGAUUCUCAGAGAUAAGGAGCAUCUGGAGGAGCUCCUUUCCAUUUGUGAAGCUCAAAGGCAGAUAGGAGAAACCUCUUUGAAUGAAACUAGCUCUAGGUCUCAUCAGAUUCUUCGACUGACAGUUGAAAGUUCUGCUUGUGAUUAUUCUGGAGCUGGAAAUUCAAGCUCUCUUACAGCCUCUGUGAAUUUUGUAGAUUUAGCUGGAAGCGAGCGUGCUUCUCAAACAUUUCCUGCGGGUACAAGAUUGAAAGAAGGCUGCCACAUUAAUCGGAGUUUACUAACCCUUGGAACUGUGAUCCGCAAAUUAAGCAAGGGAAGAAAUGGGCAGCAUGUACCAUACAGAGACUCCAAGCUGACACGCAUACUCCAGAAUUCCUUAGGAGGCAAUGGCAGAACAGCCAUAAUUUGCACCAUGAGUCCAGCACGCAGUCAUGUUGAGCAAUCAAGAAACACCCUUUUGUUUGCAAGCUGUGCCAAAGAGGUCUCAACUAAUGCUCAGGUCAAUCUAGUGAUGUCGGAUAAGGCAUUGGUAAAACAAUUGCAAAGAGAAUUGGCUAUGUUGGAGAGUGAGAUGAAGAAAAUAGGGUCUGGUUCUGGCCGGGGUGAUAGUGCAACAUUACUUAAAGAGAAAGAGAUUCAGAUUGAACAGAUGGCUAGAGAGAUUGAAGAAUUGACCAGGCAACGUGACCUUGCUCAAUCUAAAGUUGAAAAUCUGAUAAGAUCAGUUGAAGGAGUUCAAACACCAAAACAAAAUGACUAUUUAGCAACGAAAGGCCAAAAUUUUGUCAAUCCUCAACAUGUGGCUGCUUUCAACAAACUUGGGAGUUUCAAUGGACCCAACACGCCUAGUUACAACCAAUGGCUAGAGCAUUCUGAGAAUCCUGAUGACAAUUUUCUGCUGGAUGAUAGUACUCCUGGGUUCAUCGGGCUUGAUCCAUGUCAAGGUUGGGAGGAGAUAGCUCGGAAAACGGAAGAAGAGUCCGAAGACUUCUGCAAGGAUGUUCGAUGCAUUGAAAUUGAGCGGAAGGCUAACGAUGAUAGUCUCACCGAAAUUGAAGAGACAAAAGUAAAACCAGAUGUUUCCUCAUUCAUUGCAGGUGACAAUGAAGGAAAAUUAGCCAUGCCUGAGGACAUCAUCAUGAAAACAGAAGAUGAUGACUUCUUACAGGAAAAAGAAAAAUCAGGUACAAUGGCCAUGAUUGAAGAUUCAGUGCCAUUCUCUCAGAAGGAUGCACCAAGUCAUCCAAUGAAUGCAGAUGAAACUUGUUACGCUUUGAGACAAAAAAUUCAGGAAUUGCAAGGGACCAUUGACUAUCUAAUCAGUGUUCAGGAUGUAGAGCAAUCUCCGACUCACUCGGAUACAUCCGGUUCUAGUAGUUGGGGCACAAGUGGAAGUAGAAGUUGUAGCACGUUUCUCAACACUCCAGCAUCAUCGCUGCCUGGCACACCACCUACUGGAUUUGAAAGGAACUUUCCUGGAAGACCAUUUUCUGGAUUGAAAUAUAACUCCCCAAAUAUCUCAAGAAGAGAAACUCUUAGUUGUGGGUCCUUUGAUGCACAGACGCUGGAAUGCUUUGAUGUAGAAGAUACAAUGAGCAUCCAUGAUUCUGUGCCAGUAGGCCCAGAACUGAAUGGAAGGGCCAAAUUUCAGUUGGGGAAACAACUAGGUCAUGAUCCUGAUAGAAGACGAAAUUUCUCCCUUGAUUUUGCUGGAGGGAAAUUGACACUUCAGUCAAAUAAGCAAUGUGAUGGAGAUAUGAAGAAGCAACUUGGUGAUGAUUCAGUGAGAAAACGAACUUCUGUCUCUCUUGAUUUUGUUCCAGGAAUGAGAAAAAUGGAUCCUCAAUCCGAGAAGCAAUCUGCUGAUGUUUUGGUUCAGGAAUCUGCGGCCAACGCUGAUGAAUCCUUGGAAAACAUAAAGAAUGGCCAAGAACCUCCUACUCCCUCAGAAUUUGAGAUGCAGCAGAGAAAAAUAAUUGAACUUUGGGAUGCAUGCCACGUACCGCUAAUACACAGAACCUAUUUCUUCCUUCUCUUUAAAGGUGAUCCUUCAGAUGCUGUGUACAUGGAGGUUGAGCUCAGGAGGCUGUCUUUUCUGAAGAACUCACUCCCACCUGGAACUAAUGUUAGGAAUGAUAGUCACAGCUUCACAACAAUGUCUAGCAUGAAGGGUCUGAACAGGGAGAGAGCAAUGUUGAGUAGGCAAGUCCAGAAGAAGUUCUCAAGAAAAGAGAGAGAAGAGCUCUACAAGAGUUGGGGUAUUGUGUUGAACACAAAGCAGAGGGCUUUGCAAUUGGCACGACGCUUAUGGACAGAUGCAAAAGACAUGGAGCAUAUAAAGAAGAGUGCUGCUCUGGUGGCAAAGUUGAUUGGAUUUGUAGAACCUAGUCAAGCCCCAAAAGAGGCCUUUGGACUCAGCUUCUUGCCCCGAGAAGUAACCUGGAGAUCAUUCACCUGGAAAUAGAGUUGCCUCCCAUUAUCAUUCCAAGGUCCAACUGAGAGAAUGCUUUCUGAGUUGAUAUAUAAUCUACCUAUUUCUUUUGUCAAUCAACUAAAAUUGUAUCUACAGAGCUUAAGACUUGGGGGGUUUGCUGAACACCUCAUAUUAGUUAAACUAUAUGCUUUAUUGCUUUUGACGCUUCAGUAAUGAUGAUGAAUUAAUCAAAUUACUAACAGUAA